AUGUGUGGAAGAGUACAGUAUCGCGGGAGAAGCCAGACGCAACUACCUGUAUUGCAGAAGGGGAGCAAUCCCUACCGAUGGAAGUUCAGGUGGAGGAAGAACCUCUUCUGGAUGGAACCAGCCCGCUCAAAAGGACAUUGGUCCAAGAGCUCGCGGAAUCCAUCGGGGAGGAAGAGUCCUGUAAACCUGACCCUUCCAACUCUUGCAGUGAAGAGAGAAAUAAGGAUCCUGCAGGCCAACCUUCAGCACGCAAAAGCUGCUUCAGCAACGCUGGUCAGAAGGAUGGAACAAGAAGGCAUUGAUGUGGCCCUCCUGCAGGAACCCUGGAGGAUAGGCGAGAAAAUUGCUGGUCUAUCAUCUAAACAAGGUAAGGUUUUAUGCACGCCUAGGCCCAUAAGACCAAGAGCGUGCAUAAUUCAUAGUAAUAGAGUAGAUUGUACACUAAUACCGGUGCUCUGCACCGAUGAUGUAGUUACAGCUAUUCUAACACUAACCACGGAAGAAGGAGAAAAGAGAAUGGUGAUAUGCUCAGCCUACUUCCCUGGCGAUGAAGCUCAAUGUCCACCUAGCAUUAUAAGCGACGUACUUGCAUUCUGCCUAGAAAAAGGAAUACAGCUCAUUAUAGGAUGUGACGCCAACGCACAUCAUACCGUGUGGGGCAGCACUAACAUCAAUACUAGAGGUGAGUCUGUUUUAAAUUUCAUCUUAUCUGAGGGUUUACUAAUAUCCAAUAUAGGAAAUAAACCUACGUUUGUCACUAGGGCUCGUAAAGAAGUUUUAGACUUAACUCUUUGCACAGGCAAGGUAAGUGAUAACAUAACAAACUGGCAUGUGUCGGACGAACCGUCGUGUUCGGACAACAGACAUAUUCGGUUUGACCUUAAUAUCUUUCCGUCAGAAAUCAAAUAUCGUAACCCAAGAGAUACAAACUGGAUAGGAUUUAGAAUGUCUCUCAGUAGGUAUCUAGACGGUAAUACGGAACAGAUAAAGGGCGUAGAAGCUCUAAACUCGACAGUGGAAAGGGUAAGCGAAGCAAUUGUGGCGGCCUAUCAUGAAAACUGUCCAGAAAAAACUAAGAAAAACACGGGUAGCAAUACAGUCUGGUGGAGCAACGGCUUGAAGAGGUUAAGAUCGGAAGUUCGAAGCCUCUUUAACAAGGCCAAAAGCAACCAAGAUUGGGCUACCUACAGGUAUUAG